AUGAAGAUCUUCCUUCUGGCAGUUCUAGUCUGCCACGUGGCGGCUACAGUAGUCGUCGUUCCGGGAGAUGAUGAUGUCGAAUGGUGCGCCCAGGCGGAAUGCUCGGAGAGCCAGAUGUGUAUCAUGAUUCAGGAGACUCAGGAGGUUCAGUGCAUGGGACCAAAGGAGGCCAUCGAGUUCGUCAAGGCCCACAACAAACAACACGGACAUGGUCCACGCACUCCAUCAACUCCAGCUCAGAAGCCAAAGACUCAUGAGAAUCACUGCACAAGAAGCGAAUUGAUGCGUAUGGGAGGACGUCUUGUGAAAUGGUUCAAGGAUGUUCAUUCCGCCAACGCCGGAUCCGAUCGCACUUUGAAAUUGCACUCUGUCCCAUGCCGUGCCGAAAUUGGAUGGAUGUUCAACCAGUGGGAUGGGGAUAUGGAUGGAAAACUGUCCAAGACAGAGCUCCGCCCACUCGAGCGUGGAGGAAACGAGCCAUGUGUUGAGGAGUUCAUCGAUAUGUGCGACGACAUGGAUGUCGAUGGAUCGAUUUCUAUCGAUGAGUGGUGUGAUUGCUUCAGCUUCUCUGACGACUUGAGACACGAGCCACCAUGCCACAAGGCUAAGCACGGAGUGGACCCACAUAACGUUGGAGUAUUCUUGCCACGUUGCGAUCUCGAAGGCUUCUACAAACCUGAGCAAUGCCACGACGGACACUGCUGGUGUGUGGAUCGUUACGGGCGUGAAUUCGACCAAUCACGCAUUCAGAAUACCCUUCCAGACUGUGGACAGUACGCCUCCGACCUCACUGAAGAAGACGUCGCCUAUUUGAAAGCCCGCAUCUAA